AGUUUUGGGAACUUAUAUCCAAGAGUCGAGGACAGCUCAACUUCAAACACCAUCCUGCAGUUUCUCUGAUUUAUUCUUGUUAAACAAGGGAGGCAGAUCAUGGAUUGCUACGGGAAGUAUGCAGCUGUCACGUUGACCAUUUUGUCUCUAUUUCUACAUCUUCUUCAUACUUUCCCAGAUGGAGAGUUUCUCAUGCAGGGUUGUCCAGAGUGCAAGCUAGGGGAGAACAGAUUCUUUUCCAAGCCGGGAGCACCUAUCUACCAGUGCACUGGGUGCUGUUUCUCCCGUGCCUAUCCCACUCCAAUGAGGUCCAAGAAGACCAUGCUUGUUCCAAAGAACAUUACAUCAGAAGCAACGUGCUGUGUAGCAAAGGCUUUUACCAAGAUUACCCUUAAGGACAAUGUGAAGAUAGAAAACCAUACAGAUUGUCACUGCAGUACCUGCUACUAUCAUAAAUCCUAAAACCUCUCCCUUUGUUAAUGGUCAAGGACAACGGUGAAUGGAAUGUUUGUUUUUCAGCUUUUAUAGCACUACUGUGUAAAAUCUUAUGUUUUCUGGUCAAGACACUGGCUAGACCUUUGGAUAAGAUAGAUGGCUAUUUCAUUUCCUCUUUGCUUCUUCAUGCAUUUAACUGUCUAAUUAUUUCCAUUAAGGAUAAAAUACAGCACUUGCAUGACAACCAAACACUUGAUCUAUUUUUAAAAUAAACUGUCAGUUAAAUCAUCAAUGUUUAUUGAGAAAAAAAUGGUGAUGUAAUAGCUUAAUACACGCAUAAAAAAAGAUUCUGCUACAAUUAA